UUCUAAAACAUGUCUGCGCCCAUGGUUUGACUUUCUGCCUCGUGUUUUGCUGAUAAUUAACGAAUUAAUUUAAUUAAAAUACAUCUUUAUAUGAUUGUUUAGAGUUCCAGCAUAAAUAAAGACAAAGAACAGAGAUGGUCGAAAGCCAGGUAUUCUCCACAUGAUUGCUCAACCUGCUAGAAAUAGCAACCAAUUCUCUAUGAUUUUGUGAAGGUUUUAUACUGUGAGAACAACAAUGGAAACCCAGGUCGAAAAUUCUCCUUGCCUCCCUCAAAACAGCCCCACUUAUGAAAUCGAUGAAAAAGACAGCCCUUACUACUUUGAAUCUGACCAUACUGCCCUCAGGUGUAACCCUGAUUACUGCAACCUUCUCAAGGCGCUCUGCCGGCUCGAAUCGCAGCGGAUAAAGGCCAUUCAGGACAUUGACCAACUUUAUAAGUGCCAAGAAUCAGCUCUUAAGGAUCCGAUUGCAUUUGUUGAACAGCUGCAGCGUGGUGAAGACUUGAACUUCCCGAAGCGGCAAACGGUCGCCGAAAUCCCUGUGAUAAACUGGGAGGCUUACACUUCCAAGAAAGACAUCGCUGCCUACUGUACCUCAAGACACAUGACCCGCAAGAAGAGACCGGGUCCAAGCAUCAGUUGUCUACAAGGCAGCAGUUAUAUGGAUGAUGGUGAUACAGAUAGCAUGUUUAGAACCGAUUGUCCAAAGUCACAGACCGUUGUCCGUGGGAGAUUAAAAGAUGAAAAUAAACCUGUCAGCUUCAACCAACUCUGGAGUGUAGACGAACAGAAAAGGUUGGAAGAACUUUUGGUAAAACACCCUCCUGAAGAAAUCGAGUCUCGGCGCUGGCAGAAAAUUGCUGCUGCUUUGGGCAACAGGACAACGCAACAAGUUGCCAGCCGUGUACAGAAAUAUUUCAUCAAGUUAGCCAAAGCUGGUCUGCCAGUGCCCGGUCGGACACCAAAUCUGACAUCUUACACACGAAAGACUGGACAUCGACACCAACGCUACAAUCGCUUCUACCACCAGUCAACGUUUCUCCAAGCACAUGAGCUUCCGGUCUACAUGUCUGACAAUGAUGAUGAGAGCAGCCGCAGCAUCGAUGGCUGUAAUUCAUUGACAACUGAUGCACUCCAAGCUGAGCACAUUAAGGACUUCACGGAUGAUGAUGACGAUGACGACGAUGACGAUGAUGAUGAUUAUGACAAUGAGGAUGAAGAUAUCCCUCUGGAAUUGAGAGACACAGCAGAAUACAUGGAACUCAUGAAGCUGAAGAACUUGAAAAUGUCUCGAUUCAACACAGGACAGUGUCCGACAUUGAAAUGUAUCAAUUGUCGCAGGAUUCUUACAAAUCGAUGGCAUUGUAUUGAUUGCCAGGAGCAGGGCUUAUCGAUUGAUUUGUGUCAAGUUUGUAUCGAAAGUUCUUUUGACCAUCCUGUCCACCAAGUGAGCCACCGACUGAAACCAUUGAACAGCAAUCCAAGUUACGUUGACAACGACUACACCAAGUUCUCUGGAGACUAUAACUAUUUGGAUCCAAACUAUAUGCCAGCCAGUUGAUGAUAGCUGAAUCAACAGGAUCCAUCAGAGGUUGUCUUUGCGGAUAAGCUGACAAACUGGGCCGGUUGCAGAUACGACACAAAAGCCAACCAGCCUGCUGGGAACAGACUUAACAUAAAUGGUAUUCUAACCAU